CGCGGUUUCCUUGACACGUCUCUCUCCCCUGCUCUUUCUUUUCCCUUCUCCAUCUUCUACCUUCUUUGUUCUUCUAGCCCAGAUCGAUAGAGAAUCGGGAGAGAGAGAGAGAGAGAGAAGAACAACACGAGAGAGUGAUGCUGUGGGUCGAGUGAGAGUGUGGCUCGUGGAGAGGAGGAAAUACACGGUGAAGCCUAAGAGGAGAGAUUUCGGCCAUGGAAGCAAGAAAAGGUUUUCCGCUGCCUUGUUUUAUAAAGGAUAUAGAAGUAGCAUCGGGUGGUUUAUUGAGAAAAAUUUUCCACUUUCGCCCUUGAAUUUAGAGUGGGGUGUUACAGAUUGAAUCGAUAUCAGAAAUAUAAAGAUCAGUGAGAGUUAGGGAGAAAACUGAGAUUAUGUCAUUGGAUCCUCCCCCUUUCCAGGAAGCAGCACGCUGCGACGUCUGCAAAUGCAGCUUCAACACUUUCAGGCGUCGGCACCACUGCCGAUGUUGUGGGAGGACGUUGUGCCAUGAGCACUCAUCAAAUCAAAUGGCUUUACCACAACUUGGCAUUCACUCGUUUGUUAGAGUUUGUGCUGACUGUUAUAACGACUCCUCUCGAUCUGGGAAAGUUGAUCCACAAGCUUCUUUAUAUGGGGUUGAUUGUGCAACAGAUAGAGUUUCUAAAUUAGACAUAGGUACAGAUAUAAAUUUGGAGGCUGGCCCAACUGCAGAGCAUGACUCUGUGUCAAUCAUUUCAGAGUGCAAGUGCGGAAUGCCUUUAUGCAUUUGUGAAGCUCCAUCCCCUUCCACUCAUGCACUUCCUCUGCAGAGAAAUACUACUUCAAACUUUACUCCUCAAAUAAAUCCAAAACCAAAGAAGACGGAAACUAUUCCAAGGAAUAGAGGUGCCACUUCUAACAACAAGUUGUGUUCUGUUUUCAGUCUUGGUCAAGUGGCCAAUGAUGAUCUGAAUAAACCUCAGAUGGAUUAUGAACCUAAUGGGGAGGGAUUAAGGGAAGCUAUAAAGAAUGGUGACACUGCCGCAGUCAAGAAGCUCCUGAGUGAGGGUGUGGAUGCAAAUUACCGUGACAAACAGGGAUUAUCUUUGCUACAUUUGGCGGCACUUUUUAAUCAAACUGAUAUAGUUUUCACACUCAUGGAAUGUGGAGCAAACAUGGAUUACAAGAAUGCACAGGGAGAAACACCAUUAGAUUGUGCCCCCGCUACUUUGCAAUACAAGAUGCUAAAGAAGUUGGAAGAAGCUGCAGGUCUGCAUUGAGCGCAUUUGAGAGUAAUAUAUUCAUUUUAUCAUCUAAGCUAUGUGUUCAAGUUCUGUUACCCUUCAAGAAGACAUUCGAUAAACUGCUGGAUGGCCUUGUACUAAUAUAAUUAUGGUAUGCAUGGUAGUAAACAAGGCUACAAUUUUAUAAUGUUAAAGUUCACUUGUGCGGUGUAUGAUCA